CUAAAACAGUUCUAAAACGCCACUUCCCACUGAUCCACUGAUCCACUUCAUCGUCAUCAUUCCUCCCACUAUGCUCGGCUGUCCCUCUCUCCGCAGUUCGCACAGCAUCCCAUCUGAUAACGGAUGCAAUGAUUCCACAUGCUGCGCUCUGCCUUACCUGUAGUGACGAAAGCUACCGUUUGAUUACCGUAUGCUGGCGAUUCAGGCCAUUCUUUUGUCCGGCGCGGUCGAGGCUAGCCCGACUUUCGGGGAUUUCGGUCUCUGGACGUCACCAAAUCCCCGCCGCUUACAGAACUUACAUGCCACACCUCCCACUUCCAGCUGUUCCGACUGGACGAACCUUCUCUGGAGCCGACCGCAGAUCCCCCAUUUAACGUGUUCCCUCUCAGGCAUCUUAGCAUACGCCUUGCCUGACGAUCAGAAACUGAAGGAACAAGGGACGGCCGCGACUGCGCGAGAUGUGAGGCCUAGCUUGGCAAACGUUGUACCUCAACCACCUUCUCCCCGAUCGCCGAUCACGACAGCGGGCAGUGAUUCCCGACCGGGCUCCCGAUCGUUGCAAGAGGUUCGUCUGGCUAUCUGGCUUUCAGACCACCUUGCGGUGACGUCGACCGUCGCCGGUGCCGGAGUGAUGACGGCCUUACUGGGUCGACCGUUCCUGGCCAGUCUCCUUCUACUCUUCCUCCCAACAUUUCCUAGUGUCCGCGCGGGGGAUGUGAGAGUAUCAUCUCUCCACGAUCUGCCCAUGUCGCAGUUACCCUCUUUCAUGCAGCUUCACCUCGCCCCUCCCGAGACAGAGGCCUUCCCAUUGACGUACAGCGUCUAUCCGCUUACUGAACGCGCAGGCCUGUCGAAUGACACCGAUAAAAGCGUGAGAACUGAGAGUUUCUGCCAGCGGGACUGCCGCGUAGUAGAGCUGUGGUGGCUAACAGCGUUACAGCAUUUCCGAAUUCGUGGGGACUUGGUGGCUGUCGAACUCCCGGCCAAUUCCGACCGCUUGAACAGCCUGGACACGAUAGCGUUUCUCGGUUGCGACAGCGAGAACGCAACGAAACUGGUCAAUCAGCUUGUAGCGAACAGGACCAGGGCCAUUUUGCUCUACAGCAUAGACGCAAACUGCUGCGCCGUGGACGGGGACGAAGACCUGAGCUACGCCUCUCUCUACACCAUGGCGAACGCGCAGGAGGCGGCCGAUACGCUGAACAACACGAUCCGAGCCGGAGGGGUCCUGCGGGCCAGCAUAUCCGGGAAUCCAGAUAUCGCCGGCAUCCCAACGGAUAGCCCGGAUGGUAAAAGGCACACCUCUGCCGUUGCCAUGAGCAUCCUUUAUAGCAUAACUGGCCUCGUUACUCUGCUAUUUUUGGUCAUCAUUGUGAUGGGCGCGAUGAAGGCGCGCCGGCACCCUGAGCUUUAUGGCCCUCGGGUGGGCGAUGCUGGCCGGCCACCACAGAGUCGGGCAAGAGGCCUGGCGCGGGCAGUCCUGGAGACGCUGCCGAUCGUCAAGUUCGGGGAUCCCAGACCGGCGAAGGCAGACCCGUCUCUCGAACUUGAAUCACAACCAUCAGUAACGGUACCAGAUCCGGCCAUGGGGACGAGGCUAUCAGCGAUUUCGGAAGAACCGCGGACGCCGCAAGUGCGCCGGAACGAUCCGGAAACAAUAACGGGCGCAGUAUCCCCGCCUGACUCGGCGUUGGUAACAAGUCAAGAAGGGGCCACCGCAGGUCCGGAUAAGGGCGAAACCAAUAGACAAGGCCGCCCUUCGGAGGAACGCGCUGUCUGUUCCAUCUGCGCUGAGGACUUUACUGUUGGAGAAGACGUCCGUGUCCUGCCAUGCGACCACAGAUUCCAUCCGCCCUGUAUUGACCCGUGGUUGGUUGAAAUUUCCGGGUCCUGCCCUCUAUGCCGCCUCGACCUAAACCUCCGACCACACAACAGAGAAGUAGAUGACCAUAGCAACGACCCCUUCCUCCGCUCCCCGCCCCUCGCAGCAGCCGAAAACUGGAGCACACACGGCGAUAGCAGCAGCAAUACCGAUCAUCACAACGGCGACACUGCUGGCAGCAACUCACAACAGCGUAGACGAUCCUCGCGCUUCCUCGAUCUUCACCGCCUGCGGCAUGCCUCAGUCGAAGAGGUCAUAGAGAUCCUCAGACGGCAUCGUUCCCAGCAGCAACAGCAGCAGCGCGAGUCGGCGCCACACGCGGUGGAUGGCAAUGGUGAAGCCGAGGACCAGCGCGGACGCAGGGCAAGGCUUGCCGAUCGACUGAAGGAGCGGUUCCAUAUCCGCACGAGGGUGCAGGGUCCUGCGGGUGCUGAAAUAACGCUGCCACCGCCACCGCCGACGACGACAACAUUAGAUCAGGGGCCCCGACCGGGCGACUCUUGAUCCCUCAGACAGAACGUGAGGUUUCCGACUUCCUCUCGUUCAUUUAUUUCUAUUCACAUGCACUUACAAUCAGUUUGCGAUACCCGUACCUUUGCCUUUCGUAAUGCUUUAAUGCCGCGUGGUGGUUACUUUCUGGUUCAUAUGCCAUCUCGUUAUAU